AUGCAGUGCUUCGUGGGCUGCUUCCGGGCGUGGUUUCCCCCGGAUCCAGACUUCAAGCUGCCGGACCUCCGGAUCUUGUCUGUGAAUGACGUCUACAAGCCCGAGCGACUGGCCUUGGUUCGGACAGUUGCCCGAGCGGCUGUAGACCCUGGUGUACUCGUCAAGCAAGUGUUGCCUGGAGAUUUGCUUGGCGGCUCUUUAUAUGCUAGUGAGCAUCUGGGAGAAUCGACCGUUGACGUAUUGAACUCCUUGGGAGUUGAUUACUGCCUUUUGGGAAAUCACGAGUUUGACUACGGUGAAAAGCGCCUCCGAGAGCUGAUGGACAAGUCCCGGUUCCCAUGGCUCGGCUCGAACGUACGCGACCGCGACUCGCAGUCCAUCUUUCAUACUGCUCUGGAUUCGGACACUUUCUGGGUGCAGUCCAGCCAUGGCCCUGUCCUUUGUGGCCUGUUUGGCCUAUGCACUCCAGCUACCCCUCAGCUUUCAGACCCGGGACACAAUAUCAGCUUCGAAGACCCUAUCUCACAUGCAAGGAGGUGCGUAAAGGCUCUUCGGGCCUCUGGCUGCGAAUUGAUCGUGGCCCUGACGCACUUAAGCCUUCAUCAGGACAAGCAGCUGGCCGAAUCCUGCGAUGGUAUCCAUGUUAUUCUGGGAGGCCACGACCAUGACCCAUACUACUUGAUCCACCACGGCGUGCUAAUUGCUAAAUGUGGCCAGAAUGCUGAGUAUGUCGGCAUUCUGGACUUGUACCUGACGCGAGCUCUUGCUGGCGUGGAAGUGAAGCAUUCCUUCCACUUUCACAGCACUGCAGCCGUCAAAGAGGAUCCCGCGGUGGUGGAGGCUGUUUGCAGGUGGAAGAAAUCGACCACCAGCACCGAGGAGGAGCUUUGCGUCGUGGGAUCGCCGCUGUCCAGUCGGACGUAUGAACUCCGUUCCACUGAAAAUGCAUUUGGCUGUUUGGUUGCGGAUGCUGCGUUGUGGGCCUGCCGCCCGCACGGCUGCCAUGGAGCCAUCAUCAACGGGGGAUUCAUCCGCCAGGACAGGGUGUACCCAGCGCAUUCCGUCUUGACAGCUCGGCAGGUGAGCGAGGAACUCCCGUUUGCUGAGUGCCCGGCGGUGGUGCGUAUGACAGGCCAGAGCCUGCGCUAUGCUUUGGAGGAAAUGUUGGCCUCGGCUCCAACUCCAGUGGGUUGCUUUCCGCACGUGUCAACAGGUAUGACUGUCAGCUAUGAUCCGAGCGCUCCGCCCUUUGCGCGAGUACAAGGCUUAGAAAUGGACGGUCGAGCAGUUGACCCGGAUGAGCAGUAUUUGGUGGCGAUAAACCGGCUCUUCAGUGAAGUUGCGGCGGAUGGUGUUCGAACAUUUUGCAAAUGCGAGCGCACCUACACUCACCACCAGCUCUUCCGAGAUUUGGUGAUGGACUACCUGCGAGAACGCAGGCAUGUAAGUGGUGAGCUUCCGGGGCGCCUUGUCCCCGUCCCAGCUGUUGCCAAUGUGGAGGCUACGCGACAGCUGGCUUCCGACCGGACCUGUCAAAGCGAUCGUAGAGAGGCAAAUGAUCCGUUGCCGGCGUCCUUCGUAGAACUCUCUGGCAGAGCAGCGGGCAGAUCAUCGAGCACUCGCAGUGGAAAGGGCAGGCACCAUGCGGCGCCGCAGGUACGCCACUCUGCCCACAGAAGACAUGCACGAAAAGACUACCAAGAUGAUGAAGCGGAUGACGACACUUCGGAAGAUCGAAGAGCUUCCCUCCCCGAGGACCCCGGUGACGGCCAGGAUGAUGAAGCAGAGCCUGAUGUCAGCAGACGCGAAAGCAGCCGAUACGACGACGACCAGCAGGAAGUCGACACACAAGACCGGCAUAGCCACCACAAAAGACAUGUGCGAUCUAAAGAAGAAGUUCUAGUGGAUUCAGCGGCAGACUCCCGCAAGCCGCCUGUGGUUCACAAUGCGUCACACCAGCCCUCAUCACCGGUGGAAUCGAACCAGACAGUGGACAGCUCCGCUCGAGCCGUGGGAGGACAACCACCCCCGACCGGCUUGCAGCACGAAUCCAUACGGACUGGAUGGCUUGUAACCUCGUCGUGCUGGGCCAUCCUCACACUGGUGGCAGCGGCCAUAGCGCUCUGGCUCAAGCGACCCGAGUUGGCCGAAAAGGGCAUGUGCUUCGUGACCAGGAGGAUUUCAAAAAUGACAUGGGAGCCAGAGUUACAAAGAAAAGAAGUCGCAGUGCAGGCUGGCGAACCUUGCAAUGCUCGGCCACAAGAUAUACAAGAUGCGCAGAAACAGACAUAG